AUGUACCUCCAGUCGCUACAGGAACUUCAACGUCCCAGCGCGAUAGAUCACCAUAUCACCACCGCCCACAAGAUCCUGUGCAUCAGUUCUCACAUCGAAAGCAUAGCGAACCUGAGUCACCUGAAAAAUCUGCAAAUACUGAGCAUCCGGGCCAAUCGCAUAGCCGAGUGUGUCAACUGGCAUAUUCAGCUGGGUAAUCUGGUUAGUUUGAAUCUGUCCCAGAAGCGCAUCCGUCGGCUGAAAGGAUUCUCGAAGCUGUUCGAUGACGUCAAUGAAAUCGAUCACAUAGGAAAUUUACCGUUGCUGGAAAAUCUACGACUGAUGUGGAAUCCGAAGGCCGGAAGUGUCGGUAUGAAGUAG